AUGUCAAGAAAAUCUAAAUAGUAGAAUAAGGAAUAAAAAAACUUGCCUUCUUAGGAAGUAACACUCAAAGAAUACUUUAAGUCACUUCCUAGUAAAAAAAAGCAGACCAUUUCAGAGAGAACAUAAGACAUUGUAGAAUAUAUAUAAGACUAAAACUUAAAUCCUAAAUAUUUUGAGAUACAGAAAUGUGAAUAAGGUUUCGAUGUAAGAAUGGAAAUUAAAGAAAUAGGAAAAUAGAGAAUGGCUUGUACCUUUUCAGAAUUGCUUGUACAAAUCAACUCAAAACUUGACUAAAAUGUCAUCAUUUUGAACCUUAAUGCAAAUGAUUUAGUUGCAAAACUUGAUAUAAAUUUGCUUUAGGAUUUAAAGGUUUUCUAAAAAACACUUAAGCAAUUCACUUUUUCCAUGAGCAAACACAGCUCUCUAUAAAGUAAAAGUAAUGGAAAAAAAAUAGGAUCUUUUAUGGAUAUUAUUUGUAAACUAGAUCUUUUGGAAAAACUACAUCUCAAUCUUUCGCAUAACUUUAUAGGGUCGUACUUAUCUGAUAUUUUAAAAAAGAUUUCAAAGUUAAAAAAGCUAAAUAAUUUGUCCUUAAACUUCAACAACUGCGAAGUUUCAGAAUCAGAUUUAGAAGAUUUUUCUAAGAAUUUAUAAUAAUUUACCAAUUUAAAUAAACUUUCUUUGAUGUUCAUGAAAAAUAAUUUACCAAAUCCAAGUCAAUUAUUUUUCUGUAUAGCAUAGAUGAAUAACAUAAAAGAAUUAGAAUUAGAUUUAAGGCAUAAUGAAAUAGAGAGCUAAAGUGUUUAAUAACUUUGCUUUAGCAUAGAACAAUUUAGCUUCCUUUACAAAUUGCAUCUGAAUCUCUCAAAUAACAAAGUUUACAAAGAAGGUGCUAAGUAUUUGGGAAUGUCAAUAAAAAAAUUGGAUAAAUUAGUCGAUCUGCUUCUCUCCCUUCAAUGGGAUAAUAUUUAAGACUUAGGAAGUGAUUGGCUUGGCUAAGAAAUCAGCUAAAUGGAUAAUUUAAUUAAAUUAAGAUUAGAAUUAUGGUAAAUAAUCUAAUAAUUCUUCAAAACAAAAGUUAUUUUAAUAAUUUUAAUAAAAAGGUUUGAUAAAAUAAAAACUCCUGAAAUAAUUUGUAACCAUUUGAUGCAAAUGAAUAAUCUUAUAUAAGUAAAUACUUUUUUGACAUCUUACGAAAAUAUGCCUUUGAAUUAUACAAUAUUUGAAGAACUUAUAAAUUAAAAAGCAAGUCUAUUUCACAGUAUAAUAGGAUAUUACAAGCUUAUAUCAAAUAAAAUGACAUACAAUCCAAACUAUGUUUUUUGGGAUUUAUAUAUUGAUUGA